AAAUGUGUUUUACAUCUGUGUUAGGCAAUGGCCCACUUUGCUUGGUUCAAGUUAAUUUGGUGUUUAGAUGUGAUUAAGAGCCAUUAAUUUGCAAAAUGGUAGAUACCCAAUUGGAAAUUUUUAAUCUUUUUAUGUUUUUAGGAUUUUGGGUUAAUUAAAUUUGAGUUUUGGAUUAAUGGGUAUGUCUUGUUUUAGGUUACUGUUUGCUGCUAAUUGCUGAAUGUAAUGGCAGUGGCAUGAGUUGAUAAAUUAGGAACUGUUUAUGACAAAUAUGGGGUUUGGUCAGCUGAAAGUGACAAUUUUGAAAUUUUUCAUGGAAAUUAAAAUUUUGAUUUUGUUGAAUUUUCAAUGAUUAUUAUGCUAGACUGUAUUUUCUAUCAGAAAAUUGGUAGAAGGACCAUUAAGUUAUUCCUUUUUUGCAAGUUGAGGUUGUGGAUUUGUGUUAAACAAAUGUCCAUACUUUUUCUGUCCUUUCUGUUUGUUCUUUAACUUGAAUCUUCCUUGUGUUUGGCAUCAGAAAACCAGCCUACCAUUCAGAGCAGCCUUUUAGAAUUCUUUCUUAAGUUCUAUAUAAAAGGGCUCUAAUCUUAACAUCUUAUUUAAAUGCUAAUCUCCUAGGACGGUGAAAAAUCCGAUACGUGUGCUUGCUGAUCGAAAUAUUGCUAUAUAAUUGAUUGUUGAGCCUCCAUUUUUAGCAUUUGUGCUCGAGAUAAUGAGGGCUGGAAGAGGAAAACGUUCUGAGGCGUUUUGGCCUUCCAUUGUGAUGAAGAAAUGGUUGAACAUAAAGCCCAAGGUGUAUGAUUUUAGUGAAGAUGAGUACACGGAAAAUGAGAGCGAAGACGACGUUUGCUCUCUUAAAGAUGAAAGAAUUAAUGUCGACGAGGAUCAUGCUCAUAGGACUCAACUGAAUCAGUCUUCAUUCCAGAUUCAAAUUUCAGAUGCUCCUUCCAAAGGCUAUUCAGUGAGACAUAGGCGAGGAAAAUCUGAAACUCUGCGUGCACAGUACAUAAAUACCAAGGAUGUCAGGGUGAAAAUAUGCACAUGGAAUGUUGCUGGAAAAAUUCCAUAUGACGAUCCUGAGAUUGAUGACUUACUUUCUACAGAAGAACCAGUAGAUAUAUAUGUCAUCGGAUUCCAAGAAGUUGUUCCUCUGAAUGCUGGAAAUGUACUGGGAGCGGAAAGCAGUAGACCAAUUCCAAAGUGGGAGGGAAUUAUUAGAAGAACCCUGAAUAAAUCCGCGCAUACUGAAACCAAACACAAAUGUUAUAGCGCUCCACCCUCUCCAGUAAUGCGGACUUCUUCUGUUGCGGAUGAACUUGCAGAUGAAGUUGAUGCUCUGCCAUUAGAGAUGAUGAACGUGGAAUAUGCAGAAGCUACUGACAGUCGCAAUGUUAAAAUAGACGAGUUCAAUAAAGUAAUUGGCUUUGGAAAGAAUUUACACUUGAAGAGAAUAUACGGGAUUGACUGUGACAGUAGAUUAGACUGGCCUGAAUAUUCAUUAGAAGCAACUCCACAAUUUAUAUCGACCAAAUCCAAGCUUCGAAGAGUAUCAAGCAGUUCUGCGAGGAUGGGGUUUGGUUUGAUAGAAGAUUCUUUAAUACAUAGUCGGAAUUUUUCGAUGAAUACCCAAGGGAUGAGAAGAUCUCACCACAGUUCUGGCAAUCUAAGCUCAUUAUGGCUAGAGCAGCGACAGAGGCCUGAAGUUCCGAGACUUCCUGAAGCUCUUGAAGUUCCCGAUUCUCUCUCUGAUGCGUCUGAUGGGUUAUCUGAAGAAGAACAUGAUACUUUUGCAGAAGUACCGGAAGAGCAAAACAAUGACGAAUAUAACAUGGAUAAGGGAACGUACCGUCCCAAAUAUAUGCGUAUUGUUAGCAAACAAAUGGUUGGGAUAUAUGUAUCGAUUUGGGUGCGGAAGAGGUUGAGAAGACAUAUCAACAAUUUGAAGGUCUCUCCUGUUGGAGUUGGACUCAUGGGAUAUAUGGGAAACAAGGGUUCUAUUUCUAUUAGCAUGUCUGUGUUCCAGUCAAGGAUGUGCUUUGUUUGUUCUCAUCUGACCUCAGGUCAGAAAGAUGGGGCUGAACAAAGGCGUAAUUCCGAUGUCUAUGAAAUUAUCCGUCGUACCCAAUUCUCAUCGCUAUUUGACACGGAUCAACCACAGACAAUCUCAUCCCACGAUCAGAUAUUCUGGUUCGGAGAUUUGAAUUAUCGUCUCAAUAUGUUGGACUCCGACAUAAGGAAGGCUGUGGCACUUAAGCAAUGGGAUGAACUCCUCAACAACGAUCAGCUAAUUAAAGAGCUUCGCACCGGGCACGUAUUUGAUGGAUGGAAAGAGGGGUUCAUAAAAUUUCCCCCCACUUACAAAUAUGAGAUAAAUUCGGAUAGAUAUGUGGGCGAGAACCCUAAAGAAGGAGAGAAGAAAAGAUCUCCAGCAUGGUGUGAUCGAAUACUUUGGUUCGGGAAAGGUAUAAAACAACUUUCUUACGAUAGAACAGAACUAAGACUCUCAGAUCAUCGUCCAGUUAGUUCUACGUUUAUGGUUGAAGUUGAAGUCUUAGAUCAUAGGAAGCUGCAAAAGGCACUAAAUGUCAAUAAUGCAGCAGUACAUCCGGUAGCAUUCCUCGUUGAAGAGGACGAAUAAAGCCGUAGCAAAUACAAGGGAAUUACAGACAAAAUUAACAGGGUAGAAGUACUGGUAUCAUACCUGAAAAACAACCCUUGACAUAAAUGCCCUCAAAAUCCAAUAAUAGGAGGCCAGUGAUGCAAUAAUCAUGCCAGCUUGCUUGCUUACAUUUUUGGGAUAUAUUAGGAAUAGGAAAUGUAUGUAAAAAUAUAUCUUGAGCAAACUACAUUUUCUUUAUUUUGAUUAAUUUAUACUGAUAUAGCAGUUUGGAUCUUGUUUGUUGCCAAUUAAUGUACAAAGCUUGAAUUGUGGGUUUUCUUUCUUUUUUGAGAAAACCUCAAAAAAAUAAAAUGUCUUCAAUGGGGUUUUUAUACUAAUCUAUAACUAUUUAUGCUUUUUUGUGUUUA